CCACGACGUCUGCCAUACCACUCCCACAACCCACCAUGACCACAGACUCGAUGCUACUCUCACCCCCACCACUGCCAGCUCAGGCAGCAGUGGAUCGCCCAACCCAAAAGCAUCUCAGAGGGCUCUACCUCUCCCUGCGAAGAGGCGAGCUGCGAGGAUCCACAGACGUAGCAUUGGCAACUGCAAAGGCACUAAGGAGGGUCAUCAGCGGCGCACGCUUCACCGUGCUCGAGGAGCUCAACAAUACCAUUCGAAUCACUGGAGCUUGGCUGCAGGAGGCAAGACGGGGUGAGCAAGCCAUCACCAAUGUCACUCUACGCACCCUGCAUCUGGUAGCGGAAGAAUCUGGCGCCCUCCUAGACCAGUCCGCCCCCCUCUCGCGCUCAGGAUCCAUGUUGUCAUCACCUCCUCCAGCUUCGGGCUACGCAACGCCCGUGCGGCAGAAUAGCAGCUUCUUCGGCAGCGGACCCAACACCGCUUCUACCUCCAACGUCGGCGCAUAUACCUCCUCUUCGCCCCUGGCCUCACCUCCAGCUGUCGGCGCACCGCACAGACCAGGACUCGUUUCCAGACAAGACUCCAACUUCUUUGGCCAAGGGUCCACAUUCUCCAUUGCCGACCUUGUGACGGCGGGGCAGAAUGCCAACAAUCCCAUUGGACAGAACGCGGGGGGAUCGGGUCUAAGCAGUGGACUCAAUAGCGGCACCAGUACGCCAGCUUUGGGCAGAGGAAUGGGCGCCUUUGGUAUGACGGCCAGCGACAUCGGCUUUUCUUCCUUUGCUCACCCCUCCCAGCGUUCUGCCACACAGGCAAGGGUGGACGAGGAGGGCUCUGAUGAGGGAAGAGAGAAUGCGGAAGGAAUGGCCGAGGAAGAAGAUGAGGAGGAAGCGGUAGAGAGCUCGGACGAGGAAGAUGACGAAGAUGAAAGCGAAAAUGGAGAGGUCAGCCAUUCCGGAACGGCCAGAGCACCUGCCGCUCCGCAAAAUGCCUUCCACCUCAAGCCACUGCUGAUACAGGUGUUGCAGGAGCUGAUAGAUGAGAUUGAGACGACCAGGAGUAACAUCGCACGGGAUGCACGGGAUCACAUCCACAGCGGAGAGAUUGUUCUCACACUAGGCUACUCUGCAACAGUGGACGCUUUUCUCAAGCAAGCAGCGAGAGACCGGACAUUCACAGUCAUUGUGACAGACGCGGGCUCUUCCAAAUCAGCCACCCUCCUCUCUCACUCUCUCCCCAAAUCCAUCCGCAUCCUCUCCAUCCCUCACUCAUCCAUCUACACUCUCCUGCCACGCGUGACCAAAGUGGUCCUCUCUGCACACGCCGUCCUAGCCAACGGCGGGCUGCUAGCUCCACCAGGCGCAGCAGCCGCAACCAUUGCGGCUAAGACACAGAGCACGCCCGUGCUGGUUCUGGCUGGUCUGCACAAGAUCUGUGGUGAUUGGAGAUGGGUAGGCCUGGCGGGCGGAAGUGGGAGCUCGAUUCAGGCUACAGGAGCAGCUCGCGCUGGUGGUGGUGGUGGUGGACAAGCUCCCUUCCCUGCGUUGGGUGCUGCUGCUGCUGCUGGCUCCACAGGGGACAGGAGCAGGUCUAAAUCCCUCAGCGGGGCAGGCUGUAGCAGCAGCAGCAGCAGCAUCUCUUCUCCCCUCGCAGGGGAUCUUCUCACUCAACCUCCGCAAGUCUUCAUUCCCCUCUCUGCCUCCAGCUCUGGCUACAGUCACGGCUCAGGGUCCGGUCCAGCAGAGCAAACUCGCGAGGUACUGUUGAAUGAGUGGGACUAUGUUGAGCCGGCUGGGGUGGAUGUACUGAUCACCAAUACGGGAGAGUUCCCGGGGAGCUACGUCUACCGGCUUAUUGGGGAGAACUUCGUAGAGUAAGAGGGGGACUGGAGACAGCCUACGGUCGGUGGUCGUGGCAGAUUGAGAGGCAUCGAGAAGGAGUUGGAGAGGUUUUGGCUAGACGAUACGGGAUAACGGGGGAUCGAAUG